AUGCAGGAGGAAUAUUUGAGAAAGGGUAUGAGCAGGAAACGACUCCACGAAGUCGUUGAGAAUUCACCUUCUGGCCUUGAUCGUCUCUAUGACCACAACUGGAAGAGGAUUUUGGACAUGUCCGAGUGGGAGCGAGAUCGUGUCUUUGCGCUUCUGCGCUGGGCUACGUUCGCAAUGCGGCCCUUGAAUGUCUACGAAAUCACUGAGGCUGUUCUCAUUGCUCGGUUUGAAGAGUUGGACCCUGAAGAAUAUCCCGACUCUAUCGGCGACGACUAUAUCAGAACUGAGACAAUUGGACUGUGUGGUCCACUGCUGGAGAUCAGAAAUAAUCCCGACUGGCCUGCUGUUGGUUUCAAAAGUUUCCAUCUUCCGCACUUCUCAGUACGGCAAUACCUUUCCCAGCGGCUUCCGAUUCCAAGCUGGAUUCACGACAAUGGCCAACUGCAAACGCAUUACGAGAGAACUCAGCACACCGUUCUUGCGAGGUCUUGCAUUCAGUAUAUAAACUUGUCUCAAGUCUGGGCAGACAGAAUCGACCACGAUGCUCGUUACAAAAGUCUCCGCCAUUACAUUAUGGCGUUUUAG